AAAAGCUCUGUGAUUCUAGUUCACAGCUGUGUCAGGAAGAAGGGUCUCCAUGGAUCCAGUCGUAGUCUUGGUCCUCACUCUGUCCUGUCUGUUUCUCCUCUCACUCUGGAAACAGAGCUCUGAGAGAAGGAAGCUCCCUCCUGGACCCACUCCUCUCCCAAUUAUUGGCAAUAUCCUCCAGAUAGAUGUGAAGGAUAUUAACCGAACUUUCACCAAGCUAUCAAAAGCCUAUGGCCCUGUGUUCACUCUGUAUCUGGGAGGGCAGCCCACUGUGGUGCUGCAUGGUUAUGAGACAGUGAAAGAAGCUCUGAUUAAUCAUGGGGAGGAAUUUGCUGGAAGAGGAAGGCUUCCGGCGUUUGAUAAAGUUGUUAAGGGCAUGGGCAUUGCGUUUAGCAAUGGGAACAUAUGGAAAGACACAAGGCGCCUUUCACUCAUGACCCUGCGGAAUUUGGGCAUGGGGAAAAGGAGCAUUGAGAACCGUGUCCAAGAGGAAGCUCAGUGCCUUGUGGAGGAACUGAAGAAAACCAAUGGCUCACCCUGUGAUCCCACCUUCAUCCUGAGCUGUGCUCCCUGCAAUGUCAUCUGCUCCAUUAUUUUCCAGAAUCGUUUUGAUUAUAAAGAUGAGGAUUUCCUUAACUUGAUGCAAAGACUGAAUGAGAACACCCAUAUUCUCAGCUCACCCUGGUUGCAGGUUUGCAAUGCAUUCCCUAUUCUCCUUGAUUUUUGUCCAGGAAGUCAUAACACAUUUUUUAAAAAUUUUGCUUGUAUCAAAAGUUACCUUUUGGAGAAAAUAAAAGAACAUGAAGAAUCUGUAGAUGUUACAAAUCCUCGGGACUUUAUUGAUUAUUUUCUAAUUAAAGGAAGACAGGAAAAGCACAAUCAACUGUUUAACAAUACACAUGAGCACCUGGCAGCAACAGUGACUGAUUUGUUUACUGGUGGAACAGAGACAACAAGCACAACCAUGAGAUACGCUCUCCUGCUCCUGAUGAAGCACCCACAUGUCACAGCUAAAGUCCAGGAAGAGAUUGACCGUGUGGUUGGCAGACACCGCAGCCCCUGCAUGCAGGACAGGAGCCACAUGCCCUACACGGAUGCCAUGAUUCAUGAGGUCCAGAGAUUCAUCGACCUGCUUCCCACCAGCGUGCCCCAUGCAGUGACCUGUGACAUGAAAUUCAGGAACUACUUCAUCCCCAAGGGAACGACAGUAAUAGCAUCACUGUCAUCAGUGCUGAAUGACAACAAGGAAUUCCCCAACCCAGAGAUGUUUGACCCUGGACACUUUCUAGAUGGGGAAGGAAAGUUUAAGAGAAGUGACUACUUCAUGCCUUUCUCAACAGGGAAACGGAUUUGUGCAGGAGAAGGCCUGGCACGCAUGGAGCUGUUUUUAUUCCUAACCACCAUUUUACAGAACUUCAAGCUGAAAUCUCUGGUUCACCCAAAGGACAUUGAUACAACCCCAGUGCUCAAGGGGUUGGGCUCAGUGCCUCCUGUUUUCCAGCUCUGCUUCAUUCCAGUCUGAGGACAGAUACUUGCCCCCAUCAGGGCCACCAUCUGUGGUCACCCUAAGGCCUUCAUUCACCUCUUUCUACAAUUGACACCCUCUGCCUCUUCUUCAUUCCUUUUUUUCUCUCCCUGAAUCUCUAAGGUUCUAUGAACACAUGUUUUCCACUAUUCAAUUUCUCCAGAACCUGUGAUGACAU